CCAGUUUAUUGGUGGAAAAGUAGAUAGCCUAGCGCUAGUAUUGUACGACCGAACAGAAGCAAGGAGAUAAAAUUCAAAUUCCUUUUGCCCAAAGUAAAUCGGCUUCUUCUUACGCAGUACUUUCUUAUCAAACCAUGGCCGCCCAGAAUAUCUCAGCGGUCCAGCUCCAGGAAACGCUCCUGGUCCCUCCCGUCCCCGAGGUGGAGCGCGGGACGGUUUUGCCGAUUGACUGUUUUGAACUUUCGUCUGCAGAUGGAACAGCCGGCAAUAUGAAAUGUAAAAAUGUCUGGGUCUGGAAGAAUGCAAGUUUGUCAUGCUUGUCUGGCAUGACUCUUAAAUCUGUCAUGCACAUUACCAAAGAGCCCCACUUUUCUGUCAUGCAGAAACGUAGUUUCUCAUGCAGAAUAGGCAACACCUAGAAGCUCAGAAACUUGUCAUGCUGAGCCAGCAAUUGUGGCCUCCUCAUGAUACGCCGCACAGCAUCACAAGUUUCCAGACCCAGACAUUUUUACAUUUGAUGGGCAAAACUAAAAUACAGCUCGCCUACCCAGCCGGGAAUAACGUGGUCCUACGAACUUAUCAACUGUAAAAAUGUCUGGGUCUGGAAGAAUUCGUGAUUUGUCGUGCUGCCUUUCCAUGACCCAUGAGGUCUGGAAUGCAGGACCUAGCAUGACAGAUUCUGUGAGAGUUCUAUCAUGCCUAUCCUGCAUGAGAAACUACCUCCCGACUUGGUCAAAAUUGGACGACUUUUGGUAAUCAUGCAACACAGAUUUUUGCAUGCUGCAGAUUUAGCAUGACAAGUUGCAAUCUUCCAGACCCAGACAUUUUUACAUUUGAUAGAACUUUGGCCAUCACAACUGCGGACAACCAAAUCACUGAUGAAGAGGUUUUUCUCUUCACCAAGCACGGGUCAAACAAUGUCACGGCCGUCAAAUUCAGUCCGUCCGGAGCGUAUAUCUGCAGCGGAGACAGCAGUGGGAAAAUCCGUAUCCUGUGCAAACGUAUUGCACUCGUACUAAUCGCCGUCUUGCAUGACAAAGUCACCAAGUAAGGUAAACCAGCAUUACAAAUUGCAUUUUUUCUCUUGAAAAAAUUUUUUGUGAUGCGAUUUAUACUAGUACGAUGCUUUUGCAUUGCAUAAUCCGAGUGUGGGGAACGAAGGGCGAAAGACUACAGAAGUGCGAGUAUCAGCUUUUUGGGGCGAAAAUUAUGGACAUCGCCUGGUGCCCCGACUCGCAGCGGCUGGCGGUAGAUAUUUGUGUUUUGUGUUUCAAAGGAAAGUGAUGAAGUAAGUGUGUACGGGGUCCUCGUGAUGGCUUUUUUCAGUUUAGGUGGUUUGCGUUCGCGAAAGACUUAAGCCCGUUCGCGACGGACCUAAGCUCCUAAGUCGUUCGCGAACUACUUAAUUAACCCCUUAAGUCGUUCGCGAAAGAAUUUUGCUCUCGAGGCAGCCAGGAAGGACGAGUUGAGGUUUUAAGUCGUUCGCGCAGCACUUAGCUCUUAAGUCGUUCGCGAAAGACUUAAGGGCUUAAGUCGUUCGCGAAAGAUUUAAGGGCUUAAGUCGUUCGCGCACAACAUAGACUGUUAAGUCGUUCGCGAAAGACUUUAGCUCUUAAGUCGUUCGCGCACGACAUAGGCUGUUAAGUCGUUCGCGCACGACAUAGGCUCUUAAGUCGUUCGCGCACGACAUAGGGUCUUAAGUCGUUCUUGCACGACAUAGGCUGUUAAGUCGUUCGCGCACGACAUAGGCUGUUAAGUCGUUCGCGCACGACAUAGGCUGUUAAGUCGUUCGCGCACGACAUAUUAAGCUCUUAAGUCGUUCGCGAAAGACUUAAGGGCUGAAGUCGUUCGCGAAAGACUUAGGGGCUUAAGUCGUUCGAGAAAGGUUUAAGGGCUUAAGUCGUUCGCGCACGACUUAGGCUGUUAAGUCACUCGCGCACGAAGUAGGCUCUUAAGUCGUUCGCGAAAGACUUAAGCCUGAAUCGUUGUUCACGAAGGACUUAGGGUUCACUUGUUUGCGCAGGGCGUAAUCUCAAGUCCUUCCCGAACCAUUUUCAAGGUCGUUAAACUCUGCAAUUGAGGUUGAGCGCUGAAGGUGGAUUCCUGCGCGGAGCACGACUUAAGCGUCAGUUCUUCCACGCCAAAGAUGUAAAAGUGUCACUAAGUCAGUACUUUGUGCACCGACCACGUAAUAUAGUCGCAAUAAGGAACAACUUGUCAGCACACUUGCAAGUGUGCAACUUGCGGGAAGACAUCAACCCAGUAAAAAUAUCUCCCAAACCCCCCUCCCAGGUUUCCGGCGGCGGCCCCAACCAAGCGGUGUGCAUUCUCAUGGAAUCCGGCAACACGGUGGGUGCCAUCAACAACCACAGUAAGCGGAUCAACACCAUAGCGUACAAGCCUACCCGGCCCUACAAAAUCAUCACUGGCGGGGAGGAUUUUCAAGUGGCGUUGUCCAAGGGCCCACCUUUUGCUUUUGAAAAAUCCCAGCCGAGCCUGCACACAAACUUCGUGAACGGCGUGCGGUAUGCACCGGUGAAAGAAGGGGAUACGGGUUCCUUUAUCCUGUGUAAAAUAAACGUCCCCACCCCAUAGUCAAGUUGGGACUUUGGCAAGACAAAUCGAGCAUCUUUGGGACUCGCGCAUGACAAGUUUGGCUACGCAGUGUAGUCGUGCCUGGCUAGUUCUUCAAACGUAUCACAGAGCCAGUCUGUCAUCCUGAUUAGCGCAUGACAGAUUCCCAAACGCCACUAUGUAAUGCCUCGCAUGGAGAGCCGCAUGACACACAUUCUGGGCGUGCAGAUCUGCAUGACAAGAACUAUGGGGCGGGGACGUUUUCCCUCAGGAUAUCCUACGCCGUGUCCUGCGGGUCGGACUCGAAAGCGAUCGUUUUUGAUGGAAAAACCCUAGAAGUGGUGACCGAAAUCGCGAAGGGAACCGGGUUCAACAAGUGCAGCCUUUACGGGGUUGAGUGGUUGAACGAGAAUUCCUUCGUCACUAUCUGCGGGGACAAGUCGCUCUGGCUCGUGACGCUCGCGAUGGCCGACGGGGUAGUGGAGGUGAAGGAGAAGGAAAGUUUUUCCCUUGGGAAAGCAGUAGAAGAAAUGCCGCUGGGCUUGGCGACGACGAAAACGACAACUCUAGGAACACAAACACUAAACGGCGGGAAGAAAAAUUUCGCCUUCGUCCUCUCGUUGGAUGGCGCUGUGAAGGUGUUCAGCAUCGAUGUAGCGUCUUCAAUCGCGGGACAGCAGAAGUUGACCAAACCGAUCGGCAUUUUGAAAGGCGUGGUGAACAGCGUCACUGCGGUCGUUUGCGCGAGGGGUUGUGGUAGUAAUCCAGCCGCCUCCUUUUACUACAUUUCCGACGUUGCGGGGAACAUUUGCAAAAUCAAUUCCGAAACAAGAAUCGUGGAGAAGCAAAUCAACCUGAAAACCCCGGCGAUAUCGCUGUCCCUGCUAGUAAACGGGGGUGGAAUCAAUACAAACAACCCAAUCCUUCUCGCGAUCUGCAAAGACCAAACGGUGAAGGCCUUUGACGCGGCGAGUCUCGAGCCGGUGGCCGGUGCGAGCGGAAGCAGUGUUGACUUCAAGCAGAUCGGAUUCGCGGUUAAGGUGGAAGGAGAGAAAAUCCUGCAUGCGGGAGACACAGCACCAGCACAGACAAUCAACAAGAUUCUGGUACUGACAAAACAGAAGCAGUUCAGCGUUGUUGAGCUUAAUUCGCCUGCGGGAUCACUGUCCCUCCACCCAGCGGUGAAACUGCCAAAUUACUCUUCAGACAACGGCGCCGAAAUCUCCGCCGCCGCGGUCUACUCCUCCUACCUGUUUUGUGCCUUCACAGUGCAGGGGAAAUUCGACCAGAAAAAAUCCAUGAUUGCAAUCUUCUCAUCGAGUACAGCAGGCGGAACAUCAGCACCAGGUAGCUUACUGUACGAGUUCGACUACAAUGAGUCUGGAGGGAGUAAAAACGGGCUGGUAACCGCUUUGACAGUGUCCGGGAAGAGCAGCAGCAGUAGUAGUACAGUGGGCCGCCAGGGAAUAUCAAGUGCAGUGGAUGGUGAAAUUUUCCUAGCAGUGGGAGACGACGCGAAGGCGAUUCGGAUUUUUGAGCUGGAUCUGAACAACCUUCACCAGCAGGCAAAGCUGGUGGAUAUCACAAAAGACUGGACGGGCAUGCACACUGCGAAGAUCACGGCGCUAGAGUUUUUCUUCGCCGCAAAUCCGAUGAACAAAAUCUACCUGUGCUCGGGGUCGUUAGACCGAUCGCUGGCGGUGUGGGACGUGGAGAAAAUUCACCCGGUAGAGCAGAUUCGGGAGGUGCAUAAAGAGGGGAUCACGGAUUUGAUAGCGGAUUCGGCGAGGCAGGUUGUUGUCACCGUCGGCGCGGAUGGGUGUUUAAGGGAAUUUCGGGUGGGAUCAUAGCGUGGAGAAGUCGCGCAUUAGAAAACCAAAAGUUGUGAAUUCCAGCGUGACAAAUAAAGCUUGCACAAGUAGCGUUGGCGUGUAAACAAAAUAAACAACGUCGCACCCCCCCCACGGUGCGACCUGAUGAAAAUUUGCUGGCAAUUGGGCUUUCCCUUGCGCUGGCAGACAGACGCACUCCUUUGCAGGGACCGCUGUUCUGACCCGUGAAAGAUGCGUGGUGCAAUGUUCGGUUUCCUGGAUUCUGUCUCGUUUUUUGAAAGUGAACAUCGCAGCUUUCUUCAUCUACAUGCCUGCAGUUCCUUUCGAAGAUCACUUAUGGUCAAGUAUCCUAUGAGUGAUCGCGGUUGGUAAGAUCACGCUUUGAUCAUCCCGCCCAAGCGGUCGACCCCCCUCUGCUGUUGAGGCGUGUUUCCCCCCCCCCGUCGACAUUUUUCACUCGGUUUUCAGGUUAGUUGCUCGUCGUGGAAACACAGGUAGGAAAAAA